AUGUUUUCACGCUCCAGAUACCUCUUGUCUAGGGUUCUUCCUUUAAAAGGUGCUUUCAAAGUCGAAUACAAGAAUGAAGCUCGUUUACUAUAUGGAAUUACAACUGUAAGAUGUCGGUCGACAUCUCCCUUAAAUACAAUCAUAAUGUUUGUCCCUCAACAAGAGGCAUGGAUUGUGGAACGAAUGGGAAAAUUUCACAGAAUAUUAGAACCUGGGUUAAAUCUGUUAUGGCCUAUAGUAGAUAAGAUUAAAUAUGUGCAAAGCCUUAAAGAAAUAGCCAUAGAUGUCCCUAAACAAAGUGCUAUAACAUCAGAUAAUGUAACUCUUAGCAUUGAUGGUGUAUUGUAUUUAAGAAUUAUUGAUCCAUACCUGGCUUCAUAUGGGGUUGAAGAUCCAGAAUUUGCAAUAACACAACUAGCACAAACAACUAUGAGAUCAGAAUUGGGGCAAAUCUCCCUGGAUAAAGUGUUUAGAGAAAGAGAAUCUCUAAAUGUUUCGAUAGUCCAUGCCAUAAACAAAGCAAGUGAAGCUUGGGGUAUCACUUGCUUGAGAUAUGAAAUUCGUGAUAUUAAACUACCAACUAGAAUACAUGAAGCUAUGCAAAUGCAAGUAGAAGCAGAACGGAGAAAAAGAGCAGCCAUAUUAGAAUCUGAAGGUGUUCGUGCGGCAGAUAUUAAUGUUGCUGAAGGAAAGCGUCAAGCUAGAAUAUUAGCAUCAGAGGCAGAGAAACAAGAGCAGAUAAACAAGGCGUCUGGUGAAGCCCAGGCAAUGUUAGCAGUGGCCGAAGCACGUGCACUUGGGCUCAAGCUCAUUGGUGGUGCUCUCGCUCAUCAGGAUAACAAACACGCCGCAUCCCUAACUCUUGCAGAACAAUAUGUGGCUGCAUUCAACAAAUUAGCUCGAACUAACAAUACACUUAUUUUGCCUGCCAAUGCAGGAGAUGUGUCAAAUUUGGUUGCUCAGGCUAUGUCCAUAUAUUCUGCAGUAACGGCACAUAAUAAACAAAGUCAUGGGGAUGCAAUAGUUCCUGAAAUAAUGUAUGAUGAUCCACUGUUUAAACUAAAUACACUUAAUGAAAAAGGCACAACAAUUGCUGGUCAACCUAUACCCGCUGAAGACUUGGCGGAAUACUACUCAGAUGAUGAAGAGAGAGAAAAAGCAUUACAAACUCAAAAAGAAAAAGAGCAUUCUAUAGAAAAAGAGAAA